AUGGAUGGUCAGGGUGACACUCUCCAUAAGCAUCCAAAGAAGGAGCAUGAAGGCCCUAAGGAACCACAUGUUUUCUUACAUGGGGACUUGGAUCUGGUGAUCAUAGAAGCCAAGUCUCUUCCUAAUUUAGAUUUAUCUUCUGAAGCAGUUAGAAAAUGUAUCACUAUGGGCAACAUGUGCACACCUCCCUUUGUAAAGGGACUUAAGACACACUCUGGAAAAGAUAAGAUGAUAACUAGUGACCCUUAUGUAUCUGUGUGCCUAGCUGGGGCUACAAUAGCUCAAACUAGAGUUAUUGCUAACUGUGAGAACCCUCUGUGGGAUGAGCAAUUUGUUGUCCCUGUUGCUCACCCUGUUCAAAAAGUGGAGUUUCUUGUCAAGGAUAAUGAUGUUCUUGGGGCAGAACUCAUUGGAGUAGUGGAGAUACCUGUUCAAAAGAUACUGUCAGGAAAUACUAUUAAUGAUUGGUUUCCCAUCAUUGGUCAAUAUGGAAACUGCUUAAAACCUUAUCCUGAGUUACAUAUUUCUGUUCAGUUUAGGCCAAUUGGAGUGAACCCUUCAGAAAAUGGGGAUAGGACAGAUUAUCUAGGAGUUCCUAAAACAUAUUUCCCUCUCAGGAAAGGAGGGAGUGUGACUCUAUAUCAAGAUGCACAUAUACCAGAUGGUAUGCUACCUCAAAUUUCACUUGAGGGUGGAAAAGUAUAUCAACACAGUAAAUGUUGGGAGGAUAUAUGCCAUGCAAUUUUGGAAGCUCAUCACCUAAUAUAUGUUGUAGGAUGGUCAGUUUACCACAAAAUAAAGCUUGUAAGAGAGCCAACAAAACCAUUACCUUCUGGGGGAGAGCUUUCACUUGGAGAGCUGUUGAAAUACAAGUCACAAGAAGGACUCCGAGUGGUUAUGCUGAUUUGGGAUGACAGAACGUCACAUGACAAGUUUCUUUUGAAAACAGAUGGUGUCAUGCAGACUCACGAUGAAGAAACUAAGAAGUUUUUCAAAAAUUCCACUGUUCAUUGUGUGCUAUCUCCUCGCUAUGCAAGCAAUAAGCUCAGUAUUUUCAAGCAACAGGUUGUGGGAACCCUCUUUACGCAUCACCAGAAAUGUGUGCUUGUAGACACUCAAGCUUCUGGGAAUAAUCGUAAAAUAACUGCUUUUAUUGGUGGCUUGGAUCUAUGUGAUGGCAGAUAUGAUACACCACAGCAUCGGCUUUUUGGGAAUCUAGAUACAGUCUUCAAAAAUGAUUUUCACAAUCCUACAUUUCAAGCACCUAUAAAUUCGUCUGGACCAAGGCAGCCAUGGCAUGACUUACAUUGCAAAAUUGAAGGUCCUGCUGCAUAUGAUAUAUUAACCAAUUUUGAACAAAGAUGGAGGAAGGCCAAAAAAUGGCGCGACUUCAGGCUUAAAAAGGUGACAAAUUGGCAUGAUGAUGCUUUGCUAAGGCUAGACCGUAUUUCAUGGAUUCUCAAUCCAUCUUCUGGUCCUGAUGGUGAUAAAGCUGUUCAUGUAACCGAUGAAAAUGAUCCUGAGAGUUGGAAUGUUCAGGUAUUUCGGUCCAUAGAUUCAGGAUCCGUGAAGGGCUUUCCAAAGGAUAUUGACAAAGCUAAGGCUCAGAAUCUUUUAUGUGGAAAAAAUUUGAAAGUAGAUCAAAGCAUCCAUGCUGCUUAUGUAAAAGCAAUAAGAUCAGCUCAGCACUUCAUAUAUAUUGAGAAUCAGUAUUUUUUGGGCUCCUCAUAUCAUUGGCCUUCAUAUAAAAAUGCAGGUGCAAAUCACUUGAUUCCCAUGGAGUUGGCUUUGAAAAUUGCCAGCAAGAUCAGCGCAAAUGAACGUUUUUCUGUAUAUAUAGUUAUACCAAUGUGGCCAGAGGGGGUUCCAUCUAGUGCUGCUGUUCAAGAAAUACUGUUCUGGCAGGGACAGACAAUGUCUAUGAUGUACAGGAUUGUUGCAGAUGCCCUUAAAAAAGCAGGUCUCUCCAAUAAGUAUCAUCCGCAAGAUUAUCUUAACUUUUACUGCCUUGGAAGGAGAGAACCUCAAGCCUCGGAAAGUUCAUCAAUACCAAAUCCAUCUUCUGAAAACCGUGCUUUGGUAUCAGUUAAGAAAUUCAAACGUUUUAUGAUUUAUGUUCAUGCCAAAGGAAUGAUAGUUGAUGAUGAGUACGUAAUCAUUGGAUCAGCAAAUAUUAACCAGAGAUCGUUGGAUGGUUCAAGGGACACAGAAAUAGCAAUGGGUGCUUAUCAACCAAAAUAUACAUGGACAGAAAAGAAUUCUCAUCCACAUGGCCAGGUGUAUGGAUACCGAAUGUCACUGUGGGCUGAGCACCUUGGUGGUCUUGAUGAUCCUUUUGCUGAACCUCACAGCCUGGAUUGUGUUAGGCAUGUCAACAUGAUUGCCAGAAAAAACUGGGACACAUAUGUGUCUGAGGAAGGGAAACAGAUGAGGGGACACUUGAUGCAGUAUCCAGUUCAUGUCAGCAGUGAUGGAAAGGUGAGUGCAUUAGAUGAUUAUGAGUCCUUUCCUGAUGUUGGUGGCAAAAUUCUUGGAUCACCCAAUUCACUUCCGGAUGCACUAACCACAUGA